CAAGUCGUUGCACAGAAUUUUAUCAGCUAAUAGGGCUCUCCCAGCAACAUUUGCCUUCCAUCGUCAGAUAAAAAAUGGGAGGCGAAGGAAAGUCGAAGGAGAAGAAGAAGAGCAGGAAGAGAAGCCCCUCUUCUGAAUCUGAAGAUGAAAGAAGAAGCAAGAAACAUCGAAGCGAUAAAAGAGAAAAGGGAAAGGAGAAGAAAUCUCAUAAAGGUCGUUCUGAUAAAGAAAAGAAGUCAAGGGAUAAGCACAGAGAUAAACAUCGCAAAGGCAAUGACCAUUCUAAACAUGAAAUCCAAGAGCUGACCAAUGAGGAUUACUACUCUAAAAAUAAUGAGUUUGCUACCUGGUUAAAAGAAGAAAAGAAAUUGUUCUUUUCUGAUCUUUCAACUGACACGGCACGCAAGUAUUUCUCAGACUUUGUCAAGGACUGGAACAAGAAGAAGCUUGAUUCACGAUACUAUGAAGGCAUUUCAAGUGCACCUCGAUCAGCGCAUAACUGGAAAUUCAAGUAAAAAAAACUAAAGCUGGCCAGGUCUUAUAAUAAACUCUCAGCUUUCAAACUCAGAAGCUCACCGGUAUGCCUUGCUUCCCGCCAAAUUCAAACCCUCUUGAACCCACGAGCUAUUUCAACAGCAACUCUCUCAUCAUGCCUGACAAAGGAACAAGAAUCACACUCAAGCCCUGCCUUUAUUUCCCUCUCAGACCACCCGAACCCCGAAAUAUCAUGCUUCUAUCAAAAGGGUUUUUCUCAAAUCACUAAAGAACCCACUGGCAAAGCCUUGCAUGCGCUUUGCAUCCAGGGUUUGGCCAAUCUUGGCGUGUUUUAUAACAAUACUUUAAUAAAUAUGUACUCAAAGUUUGGUUGUAUGGCCUUUGCUCGUUACGUGUUCGAUAAAAUGAGCGAGAGAAACGAUGCUUCUUGGAAUAACUUGAUUUCAGGGCUUGUUAGAUUGAGGUUUUAUGAAGAAUCGUUCAGUUUGUUGAGGGAAAUGUUGAGUUUUGGUGUUAAUCCAAAUGGGGUUUUUGUUGCUAGUUUGGCAACGGCUUGUGAUAGGUCAGGGAUAAUGGUUUGUGAAGGAGUUCAGGUGCAUUGCUUGAGUGUCAAAGUUGGUUUAUCGUGUGAUGUUUUUGUGGGUACUUCACUUUUGCACUUUUAUGGAGCAUAUAGGCUUGUUGCUGAAGCUAGGAGAGUCUUUGAGGAAAUGCCAAAUAGGAACGUAGUUUCUUGGACUUCAUUGAUGGCUGCAUAUCUGGGAUGUGGGAAUGUGAUGGAAGUUGUGAGUAUAUAUAGGCACAUGAAAUGUGAAGGUGUCAGCUGCAAUGAGAACACGUUGUCCACGGUGAUUACUUCUUGUGGAUUGAUAGAAAAUGAUUUGUUGGGUUAUCAAGUUCUUGGUGAUGUUAUAAAGUUUGGAUUAGAGAAUACUCUUUCUGUGCCAAACUCUCUUAUUUCCAUGUUUGGUAAUUUAGGGAAUGUAAAAGAGGCUUGCCAUAUCUUUGAGAGCAUGCAUAAACGGGACACGAUAUCAUGGAAUUCAAUGAUUUCUGUAUUUGUACACGGUAGUCUUUGUGAGAAAGCACUGCGAUGUUUUUAUUCGAUGCGUUAUAUUCAUGAGGAAGUAAAUUCUACUACACUGUCAAGUUUGUUAUCUAUCUGUGGUUCUGCGGAUAAUUUGAAGUGGGGCAGGGGAAUUCAUGGUCUAGUAGUUAAGUUGGGUCUGGAUUCAAAUAUUUGUGUAUGCAACACCCUGCUCGCCAUGUAUUCUGAGGCUGGAAGAUCUCAAGAUGCAGAGUUUGUAUUUCAAGAAAUGCCAGAGAGGGAUUUGAUCUCAUGGAAUUCCUUGAUUGCUUGCUAUGUUCAGGAUGGGAAGUGCUUACAUGCCUUGGAAGUUUUCUCUAAUAUGCUCCAGAAGCAAAAAAUGCACAGCUAUGUGACUUUUACAAGUGCAUUGGCCGCUUGCUCGGAUCCUCAGUUGGCUGUUCAUGGCAAGAUUGUGCAUGCUCUGGUAACUCUUAUGGGCCUACAUGACAAUUUGGUCGUUGGCAAUGCAUUAGUCAGCAUGUAUGCAAAGUCUGGUAAGAUGGUAGAGGCCAAAUGGGUAUUCCAGAUGAUGCCCCAGUGCGACACAGUGACUUGGAAUGCACUCAUUGGUGGUUAUGCUGAAACUGAAGACUCAAAUGCAGCAGUGGAAGCUUAUAUAUUAAUGAAAGAAGAAGGGACACCUAUGAACUACAUUACAUUUGCAAAUGUUCUCGGUGCUUGUUUGACACCUCAGGAUCUACUAAAGCAUGGUAUGCCAAUCCAUGGACAUGUAGUUCUAAUGGGAUUUGAAUCAAAUAAAUAUGUUCAGAAUUCCUUCAUCACAAUGUAUGCCAAGUGUGGGGAUCUCAGUUCAAGUAACUACAUCUUUGAUGGAUUAUCAAAUAAGAAUGCAGUCUCAUGGAAUGCCAUGAUUGCUGCAAACGCUCAUCAUGGCCAUGGGGAGGAAAUUUUAAAACUUAUUGUGAAGAUGAGACACACUGGAGUAGAAUUAGAUCAGUUCAGUCUCUCCGAAGGCCUUGCUGCUACUGCAAAACUGGCCACAUUAGAGGAAGGUCAACAACUUCAUAGUUUAGCAAUGAAACUCGGAUUUGACUUAGAUCCUUUCAUUACAAAUGCUGCUAUGGAUAUGUAUGGCAAGUGUGGUGAAAUGGAUGAUGUCUUAAGAAUAGUUCCUGAACCAGUAAAUCGGUGUCGGUUAUCAUGGAACAUAUUGAUAUCAGCUUUUGCCAGACAUGGAUUUUUCCAGAAAGCUAGAGAAACUUUUCAUGAAAUGCUGAAACAUGUGAAACCUGACCAUGUUACUUUUGUCUCUCUUCUCUCUGCAUGUAGUCAUGGGGGUCUAGUGGAGGAAGGUCUUGAAUACUACACUGCAAUGACUAGAAAAUUCAGUGUUCCGGCAGGUAUAGAGCAUUGUGUAUGCAUUAUUGAUCUGCUUGGAAGAUCAGGAAGGCUUACAGAGGCAGAAACUUUCAUCAAUGAACUGCCAGUCCCACCUAAUGACCUGGUGUGGCGGAGCUUGCUAGCUUCAUGUAAAAUCCAUGGCAAUCUGGAGCUUGCAAGGAAGGCUGCAAAACAUCUUUUCGAGUUGGAUCCGUCAGAUGAUUCGAAUUAUGUUCUUUAUUCAAAUGUCUGUGCAACGACGGGGAGAUGGGAGGAUGUAGAGAAUGUCAGGAGCCAAAUGGUAUCGAAUAAGAUAAAAAAGAAGCCUGCUUGCAGUUGGGUUAAGUUGAAAGAUGGAGUGAGUUCAUUUGGGAUGGGAGACCAGUCACAUUCACAGGCUAGACAGAUAUAUGCGAAGUUGGAAGAGCUUAGGAGAAUGAUUAAAGAAGCAGGGUAUUUUCCUGACACAGCGCAGUCAUUGCAAGAUAUGGAUGAAGAGCAAAAGGAGCACAAUCUUUGGAACCACAGUGAGAGACUUGCCCUUGCAUUUGCCUUGUCGAAUACUCCUGAAGGUUCAACUAUUAGGAUUUUCAAGAACCUUAGGAUCUGUGGUGAUUGCCAUUCUGUUUACAAGUUUAUUUGUAAGAUCACAAGGAGAAGAAUUAUAUUGAGAGACCCUUACAGGUUUCACCAUUUUAGUGGUGGUGAGUGUUCUUGUUCUGAUUUUUGGUGAUGAGGCUAAAUUUUUUCUUUGUAGCAACUAUAUGUAGACUAGUAUUUUAAAAACUAGUAAUUAUUGUCAAAUUCGUUCUCACAAGGAAUGAAACUUUAAAAUGUUUUGAAUCUAA